AUGGAAAGCGUUCCCAGCGAGCUUCCGCACACCCGAAAAGUCAGUUUUUUGAGAUCCCAAAUGGUUAACCCCCGAACCGGCAAACUGUACAUUUUUGGCUACGGGUCACUGAUCUGGAAACCAAAUAUAACCUAUUCACGCAGUUGGGUCGGGUACAUUGAAGGCUACCACCGGCGAUUUUAUCAAGGUACCACGACACACCGUGGGACUCCCGAAUGGCCCGGCCGUGUUGCUACACUGGUUCCCGCUCGCAACGCCCACACGCGUGUCUGGGGCGUCACCUAUGAGAUACAGGGACGCAGGGACAUUGACGCAGCUCUGGAACACCUCGCAGAACGUGAGAUGAUCACCGGGGGUUACCGAUUCGAUGAAGUAGACUUCGUAGCCCGUAAACUCACCUUUGCGACAGCCGACAGUCCCGAGGACGAAUGGAGCAAGGACCUGACGGCAGAGUCAGCACGAUUGAGCGUGCAGGUCUACAUUGCGGAGCCCGGAAACCCACAGUAUAUCGGCGACGCUCCCCUGGAGGUUCAGGAGGUCCCGAAGGAGGAUCUGUUGUUUGAGAAGUACCUGCUGGACCUUAAUCAACUCGUGGAGGACUACAGAAGCCAUCGAAAGUCUCUUCCCAAUGGAUUCUCCUCCGAGGCUGCGCGUAUGUCAAUCGAUGGAUCGUUCAACUCCUCCAAUGACAUCAGCCUUGAAAAGAGCAACAACCAGCGGUCUGACGCGUUCCCCUCCCUGCGGAGGCAAUUCAGCGCUCCCACUAGGGACAACCGGAGGAGAGGCGAGAAAGUGCGGCCUGUUGAAGUGCGCGUUAAGGCUUCGUAG